AUGACAGCUUGGGCGAGUUUGAGUUUCCUUUUUCUAGCGCUUUUUGUAGAAAUUCAAGCAGAAGUACAGUAUGAAGAGUUCUCAGAAGAUUCUCCCAUUACUACUAGCUGCCGAGAAUAUCAAGAUACUAUUCAUUUAGAGCCACUGUAUAUAUCAGAAGAAGAAUACUGCAAUGAAAAUGAAGAGAGCAGUCAGUGCUUCCAGAAUCAAACUGAAGCCAUCUCUGCGGAAGAAGUCUUCAGCCUGGAAGAGAGAGUCAAGAAACUAAUAGAGAAAGGAAAGCCUGACAAAGCUAACGAAGACUUGGAAGGAUAUGAAAUUGAUGCAGGAUUUUUGUCGAUUUUUGUCAAGUCCGCUGGACAGAAACAUCUCGGGCCUUCGAUGGACUACUUCGGAAAUGGACCGAUAAAGUAUUUUUACAUGGUGGAAGUUUCCGUAAAAGGGCGCGCAAUCUACACGAUCACCAACAAACUCGAACCCGUUCAUGAAAACAUGCGAACUGAGCUCAUCAGCUUUUACGAAAAACCCACCGGCCCCUUUGUCCGCGAAGUGUAUUUGUGCUUACUCCGUGAUGUCGUCGACCGAUGGGCGAUCCUUGGUGCUCCUUGCAAUGAGUCAAAGAAUCAGUUUUUCGGAUUCAAAUUGUACGUUGGAAGCUCAGAGUUGAACAACCCUGCUUAUCCGUCGAUAAAAGUAAAUGUGGCGAACAACAGAAAGCUCGGAAUGCCCUUUGGAACGCGAGUGUUUACGAAAGACGAGGACAAAAUCUGCUGCCAGGGUGGAGCCGAUCUGAUCGAUUUCAAGCCAUGCUGUCAUUACAGAUGGUAUCCUUGGAAAUUCUCGAUGCCAGUCGGUUGGUCCGGCUGGGGAGAGUGGCAAGAGUGCAGCAACUCUUGCGAACAAAUUCGAAAGCGACUGUGUCUUGGAAACAAGGGCGAUUGCAAGGUCUUCUGGUCAAAGAGCAACAAAACGCCGUGGAUGGAAAAGCGAAAAUGCCCAAGCUGUGAUAAUAGGAAAGUAGCAACGCCACCGCCAAAGAAGAAUGCGAAGAAGUCGCCAAAGCAGUCAAACAAAAAGCCAGUCAGCGUCCGAGAAGUACCAAUUCCCAGCUUCAAGCUGACUACUCCUCGGCCGAAGACAACAAGGACAACCCGUCGCCCUCCAACAACCCGCCGAACCAUGCCUCAAACGACCAGACGUCCAAUGACAACACGACCAGUCCCGAAAAACCACAAGGGUUGGACUCCUUGGAGUCAGUGGUCCCGCUGCACCCGUUCUUGUGGAGGCGGUCAUCAGUACCGAGAGAGAAGCUGCAACGAUGGCUGUCAGAAAAACGCGAGAACCGGGCAAUAUCUAUCCUGGCAUCAAGAGCCGAGAGGUUGUAACAGGUUUCCAUGUCCAUUUGGUCAAAGAUCGCAGUUUGGAUCAUAUGGUCCUUGGGGUCCUUGUUCAAAAACAUGCGGCAGAGGGAUGCAACUCAGCUAUCAAACGUGCAUUUCCGGCGCUUGCAAGAACGAGCCAAAAAGCAGCUAUCCUUACAACCAGCGACCUUGCACGAUGAGUCAGUGGUGUCCUGCAUGGAAUUCUUGGGGCGAAUGGAGCGCUUGCAACGUCAACUGCGGCGGAGGAAAGAAAGAACGAAGGCGAACCUGUUCCACUGGAAAGCCAGGAUUUGAAGGAUGUCCCGGACCAGAUUUCCAGCGCGAUCCGUGCAAUCAGCAAUCUUGUCAGCCCGGGCAAUCGAAGUUCGGGGCCACGAAUGAAAUGGGAAUGGCACGAUCACUGAACUCUGGCGACCUUUCGUUUUUCAACCAGGAAUGUCUGGACUACCACAACUUUUUCCGAGCCCUUCAUAAUUUGAAACCGAUGACGUGGAACACGAAAAUUGCCUCAACUGCUCAAAAGUGGGCGACAGAAUUGAAAUCCCGCGCGCCAAAAACGCCAAAUAGCACCAGACAGAGGACGAAAAAUUGGCCACACUCUGACUCCCCAACAAUGUUCCGUGCGAAAAAUGUUGGAGAAAAUAUCGCCUGGGAUCUUACAGAAAAUGGCCAUCCUUGUCGCGAAUCGGUAUUUCGCUGGUACGCUGAACUUUUUUACUUCAACCCGCGGACGCCGCAAAGGGGCCGAAGACGUAAUGACCCCGUAGGGCACUUGACACAGCUGCUUUGGCCGGACUCGGUUGAGCUCGGCUGCGGUACUGCGGUUUUUCCAGUAAAACAACCUCCAAAUACAAUCCCUCCGGUUCUUUUGUCCACAUAUACAGUCUGUCACUACACGCCACAAGGAAAUAUCAUCGGUAGAUUCAAAGAAAAAUGGAGUCCCUUAUCGAAAAAAGUUUGCUCAACGUAUAAUAAUAGGCAAGGAACAAAUCAGUGCGGAAUGGGCUUCAGCAACUGCAUGGGCUUGAAGCCAGAGUCGACUUGCGGUUGCGAAACGAGCAAGUUCAACUUUGCGCAGCCGAUUUGCAAGGGACUCUGCUUGAUCUACUGCGAGAAUGAGAGAAAUGUCCGGGGCUUCUGGCCGAAUGAAUGUGUUGGGAAAAAUGAGUGCCGAUGUGGGAAAGAAGGCGCUAUCUGUAAAUAA